AUGCCUCCUCCCCUUCGCAUCCUCACCCUCCUCCUCCUCAUCCACCUCCCCUUCGCCCUCUCCUCCCGCCACCACCACAAAGCCCUAGCGCCGCCGCCCCGAAAGGCGCCUCCUCCGACGGCCAACUACGCGGCGCCGCUCCCAGUCCUCCUCGCCUGCAACUACGCGAGUCGGAGAGUCCCCGGAGAGCGAAUCGAAGUGCCCCCAAUGCAGCCGGCGGACACCAAGAAAAAACUCUCAAAGAAAGAAAAAAGGUGCGAGGUUAACGUUAACCUCACGACCGCCGCCACCAACUGCCUCACCGCCCUCUCCCUCUCCUCGCACCGCCUCGAGCCGCCGCCCUCGCCGUCGGCGCUCAUGCCCGCCUCCGCCUCGCUCCUCCACCUCUACGACUGCUGGUCCGCCUACAAGUACGUCAACUUCUCCCGGACCAUCUACGAUGCCAUGGCGUACCUCAACGACACCAUCACCGUCAACAGCAACUACAUCUCCAUGCUCGCCGCGCUGAAGCGGUACGGCGACGACACGUCCGUCUGGGCGCCGCCGCAGACGGAGCGCGACGGGUACUGGCCUUCGCCCGCGGCGUCGGGGGCCGACGUGGACGCGCUCGGCGUGCCCAAGGGGCUCCCCGCGGUGGCGGCCGCGCCGGACAACGGGGGCAAGAGGUUCGUGGUGUACGUGAAGGCAGGCGUGUACAAGGAGACGGUGAGCGUGCCGUGGGAGAAGACCAACCUGGUGUUGGUCGGCGACGGCAUGGGGAAGACGGUCAUCACCGGCGACCUCAACGCGGACACGCCCGGCGUGUCCACGUUCAACACGGCCACCGUAGGCGUGCUCGCGGACGGCUUCAUGGCGCGCGACCUGACGAUCGCGAACACGGCGGGGCCGGACGCGCACCAGGCGGUGGCGUUCCGGUCCACGGGCGACCGCACGAUUGAGAGAAUGGUAGAGGAGGAGCCGAUGUGUCUAAGCGGUGGUGGUGGUAGGGGAGGCAUGGAGGAGGUAGACAUGGGAGUCGAUGCGAAGUCAUCUUCGUAG